UAGAAACUCUCCACUGUAUUCCGUAUUCUCUUGGGCAGAAGGACACAGACACGCGCACUUGGGAUAAGCGCGCGACGCUGUUGUAUUGUACUUCAAUCUACUAAUACACACAGAAUCUCUACGGAUAGAGGAGUCAAAUUUCCCCUUGAUUAGUCAAGAUGGUGAAAGAUCCAAGGAAGCCUAGAGGAAAAAUGUCCUCUUAUGCAUAUUUUGUGCAAACCUGUCGUGAGGAGCACAAGAAGAAGCACCCGGAUGCUAGUGUCAACUUCUCCGAGUUUUCCAAGAAGUGUUCAGAGCGAUGGAAGACAAUGUCACCCAAGGAGAAGAGCAAGUUCGAAGAUAUGGCAAAGCAGGAUAAGGUCCGUUAUGAGAGAGAAAUGAAGAACUACAUCCCUCCCAAGGGGGAGAAGAAGAAGCGCUUUAAGGACCCUAAUGCCCCCAAGAGACCUCCGUCAGCUUUCUUCAUUUUCUGCGGCGACUAUCGACCCAAGAUCAAGGGGGAGAAUCCGGGCCUGUCUAUUGGCGAUAUAGCCAAGAAGCUUGGAGAGAUGUGGAACAGCUCAUCAGCAGAAGUGAAGCAGCCUUAUGAGAAGAAAGCAGCCAAGUUGAAGGAGAAGUAUGACAAGGAUAUUGCGGCAUACCGCACAAAGGGUAUUGCUGGACUGUCCAAAUCGGAUCCGGGUGAUGAUGAUGACGAUGAUGAGGACGAAGAAGAGGAGGAUGAGGAAGACGACGAGGACGAUGACGAUGAGUAGAUACUGAUGGGGCCUGGAUUUUCGUUCAUGCCAUAAACCCAGUUGUACACGAUUCACAUCUUCAAACGUAAUACAACAGAACCAGUUGUUAGGCGUGUAUAUGGGAAGUUUUUAAGAUGUACAGUGUUAUUCUCCUUUUGUAAAGUUAACACUAUGUGUCUUCAGUCUUUUUUUUUUCCCCUUUGGUUAGUGGUAGCUCUUGCCUGAAGCAGUUUAAGGUGGAGGAGAACUGUUUCUCUGAAGGUGCAUAGCACAAUUAUACAAAUUCCGUAGAUCUGUAGUGUAUUAUCAUAUUAGUUUUAAAACUAUUUUUUCUUUUUUGUAUUUGCUGUCAUAAGGUCCUUUAACUGUACUUUGAAUACCACUCUAAUUACAAGAAUGCAGCUUUGUUUGACAUUCAAGAAUGUGUCCAAAAUAAACAUUUUCUUUUUUUAGAAAAA